CAGUUUUGUUCGGUAGUGUGUCAGUGUGUGAGCUUGUCUCGCCUCGCCUUGCCUUGACUAGUGAAGAGUGUAGUGUUCAGUCUUCGACUAUUUAUCAUUGUUGAUCGUAGUUAGAAGCCUAGUAGCUUCUGUGUCGUGCUAAAAUUAACGCGUCUCAACGAAAACAGUUCACGCAUCUUACGCAGUAUCUAGUCUAGUGCAGACUGUUCUGUCAAGUCUGUUUUGUGCGUGUUUCAAAUUCUAUUCUGUGCAUCUAGACUCUUCAUGAUAAUUAUAUAGAAGUCAGUUGUGUGUGUGUUUUAAAUUCUAUGUGUAGAUCUAGACUCUUCAUUAUAAUUAUAUGUGUUUUCUUUCUAAAUUCUAUGUGUGAAUCCAGACUCUUUAAAAUAUAAAGUGACCAAAGUUCUUUGAUGUGUAUUGAGGGAUAAAGUUGAUUGGUUUUCAAAUUAAUCAACAUCUAAAUAGUGUGGUAGAAAAUUCUUGUGUUAUUUGAGGUCUUCAGUUUAUUAGUUUUUCAAUUGUUUUGAGUAAUUUGGUUCUUCCCAGUCAUCUAGGAUUUUAUUUCAUCUUGUUGAGUGUGAUGAAGACAUUGGAAAAUUGAAGGCGAAAUGUAGCAGUAGUGACAGUGAUAUAACUUGAUUCUUCUCCUAUGAAUAUUUCGCUGACGAUCUAUUGAAAGUGUAUAGUCUAGCGUGAAAUGCGUUGACUCUUCAACACGGAAUGUUUCACUGAAGAUCUAUCUGUUGAAAGUGCAAUGUGUUGAAAAUUAUGCUAGCAAGUGUGUUAUGUGAAAUAUACUACUACUAGUCUGAAAAGUGUUGUCAAGUGAGAUCUACGAAUGCCUCAUCCGUUCACUGUCGUUGGAAUGUCGUUGAGUGCACUAUCUUUCUUCAAAAGGAAAAAAAGUUGGGGUGACCUGGGAUCACAUGGAGCAGCUAAAAGCGGGGGUCAGCAGCAGCAGCAGCUGCAGCAGCCACAACAGCUGUCGCCUGCGGCUCCGCCCCCCACAGUUGUUGUCAACAAGAUCAAGUAUUCGCCGAACAUCAAGAAGGAGAAGCGACAGAACUCAUCAAGGUUCAACGUCACCAACAACAUCGAAUUAGAGAACCUCGCCGCGCUCAACGAGGCUCCGACGGGCGAGAGAGAAGAAUUGUUCGUGCAGAAGAUUCGCCAGUGCUGCGUGUUGUUCGAUUUUGUCUCUGAUCCGCUCUCCGAUCUGAAAUGGAAGGAGGUGAAGCGAUCCGCCCUCCACGAGAUGGUCGAGUAUGUCAACUCCCAGAAGGGUGUCAUCACCGAGAAGAUCUAUCCGGAAGCUGUCAAUAUGUUCGCCGUGAACCUGUUCCGAACACUUCCGCCGUCGAGCAAUCCGAACGGGGCCGAGUUCGACCCGGAAGAGGACGAGCCUACUUUGGAAGCUGCCUGGCCCCACUUGCAAUUAGUUUACGAGUUCUUUCUCAGGUCAGGCCGGUUUCCGAACUCGCCUGAUUUCCAGCCGAAUAUAGCUAAACGAUUUAUUGAUCAGAAGUUUGUGUUACAGCUGCUUGAGUUAUUCGACUCCGAAGACCCGAGGGAGCGAGACCUGUUGAAAACUACAUUGCAUAGGAUUUAUGGCAAGUUUCUUGGACUCCGGGCGUAUAUAAGGAAACAAAUCAAUAAUAUUUUUUAUAGCUUUAUCUAUGAAACCGAACACCACAAUGGAAUUGCUGAACUUCUAGAAAUAUUAGGAAGUAUUAUAAACGGGUUCGCACUGCCGCUGAAGGAGGAGCACAAGGUGUUUCUGCUGAAGGUGCUGCUGCCACUGCACAAGGCCAAGUCACUGUCGGUCUACCACCCGCAGCUGGCCUAUUGCGUCGUGCAAUUCCUCGAGAAGGACCCCUCGCUCACCGAGCCCGUCAUCAAGUGCCUGCUCAAGUUCUGGCCCAAGACGCAUUCGCCCAAAGAGGUCAUAUUCUUAUCUGUUGUCGAAAUUGCAAUGUAACUCAUUUGAAACGGUUUUCAACCCAGUCAUGAAGUUGAAAGCAGUUUUACUUAUGCUAUAAUUCAAAUUUUAUCAAUUUUUUUCGAUUUUCAGGUUGCAGAAAGAGCAUUGUACUAUUGGAAUAAUGAGUAUAUUAUGUCUCUGAUGAGUGAUAAUGCUCCAGUCAUUCUACCAAUUAUGUUCCCAUCGUUGUAUCGCAACUCGAAAACUCAUUGGAACAAGACAAUACACGGUUUGAUUUAUAAUGCUUUGAAACUGUUCAUGGAAAUGAACCAGAAACUUUUCGAUGAGUGUACGCAGCAUUACAGGCAAGAAAGGCAAAGAGAGAAGGAGCGACAACGCCAGAGAGAGGAGCUGUGGGGCCGCAUGGAGGGUCUGGCGAUGCGAAGUCCCAACUACCAGCCGCCUCCCGCCAACCAGCCUCUGCCGCCCCUCUCCGCCGCCUCCGCAUCACCUGCUGCCUCCGCCUCUGCCGCCUCCGCAGCUGACAAUGAGGACGCCGGUGACAUCAACUAUGAGGAGCUCGAGGCUGAGGCCAGAGAGAUGAAGAAGAUCCAGAAACCGCUUUUGCGACGGAAGUCGGAGUUGCUCUACGACACGUACACGGUGAAGGCUCUCAACGACCACAAGCGAGCCGACGAGUAUCUGCCAACGCCGCCCGAUGUCAACAAGUGCUAGCCCCCCUUCUACCCCCCUUCCCAUUCCUCCUCCCACUCUUCCUCCUCCUCCUCUCUAUCCACUCUCGCCUUUGCCAAUGCCAACGUCGGUCAUCGCUACUAGAAGGUGCAAAACUCUUUCUCACUAUAAUUAAAAGUAAACAAUUGGUUUGUUGGUGGGGAGUCCCUUACGGGAAGGUCCCACCUUGAAUAAAAAGUAAAUUUGUUGUUGAGGAGUCACUUAAGGGAAGGUCCCACCUUGAAUAAAAAGUAAAUUUGUUUGUUGUUGGGGAGUCACUUAAGGGAAGGUCCCACCUUGAAUAAAAAGUAAAUUCGUUUGUUGGUGGGGAGUUCCCUACGGGAAGGUCCCACCUUGAAUAAAAAGUAAAUUCGUUUGUUGUUGGGGAGUCCCUUACGGGAAGGUCCCACC